AUGUAUUUCGGAUACGAUACGAUACGAUGUGACUUAAAAUUUAAUAAAUUGCGAAAAAAGUUCAAUUUGGAGAUAAAAUCAGAACGAGCCGAAUUUCUUGAUGAUAUUUAUUAUUUAAUGAUCAAUUGGACGGGCCAAUAUCCAGAUUUUGGAAGCUUGUUUCGUCCCGAAGAAGUUGACUGGCUUCUUUCCGAUUCCAUAGAUAUCAAGUUAUGGGGCCCGCAUAAAUAUCGAGGAGAACAAUUCAUUAAGUUUAUGACUCGCAGCGGCUACAAGGACAAGCCCAACGUCGAUGAGAAUGACAAGCCAUUGUUGCAACGCACCACGGCGCUGCUUCAUGCAGCUAAAAUUACUAUCAGUAACAAUAGUGAACUGGUGAGUUGUCUUUUUACAAUAUAUGACAGAUUCGACGCGAAUUACAUCGAUGAACGAGGCCUCACACACUUCCAUAUAGCCUGCAGGCACGAUUUUGACGACAUCGUCAAGAAAUUUCUAGAGCAUGGGCUAAGUCCCAAUAUACCUAUAACAGAUGAAGUUAAUACACCACUAAACUUGACUAUCAUACACCAACGCAAAAAGUGUUUCGAAUUACUGUUGAGAAAUGGCGCUAAUCCAAAUCAUGCCGACCAUGAGGGAGUGACUCCUCUGCAUCACCUGUGCGACAAAGACAUCAGUCAUGACUGGAUGGAGCUAUUCUUUAAGAUCAACGAUGACCUUCAGCAGACAGUGCAAAUCAAUGCUCAAAGCAAGCGAGGUUUGACACCGCUACACUGGGCUCUGUACCCAGGAAGAAUCGAAAAAAUCAAACUUCUGCUUAAACGAGGUGCCAAUCCCAAUUUGGCUAACAAUGAUGAAUUGACUCCUCUGCACAUCAUUUGCUGCCGUAAAAACGACGAUGACUUGGCGAGGAUAUUCUUGAAACUGAACGACAAUAUCCUGCCGACGGUAACGAUCGACGUCCGAGACAAGAAAGGUGAAACGCCGCUGCACCAUGCUUUGUGUCGCGGCCUCAAGAAAGUGUCCGAAUGUUUGUUGAGAAAUGGCGCCAGCCCUAAUUUGGCCACUGGAGGAGGACUUACUCCUUUGCACAUUAUCUGCAAGAUGAACAAAGUUGAUUUCAUGGAAAUGUUCUUCGACGUGUGCAACGAAAAAAAUUACUCAGUGCAUACCGAUGCCCGGGACAAGUUAGGCCGUACACCACUGCACAUCGCUCUGCAGUACGGUAAACAGGAAGUAUUUGAAUUGUUGCUGAGGAAAGGCGUGAAUCCAAAUUUAGCCGAUAAGGAUGGAUCGACUCCUCUGCACAUUAUGUGUCAACAAUUUUCCCUUGCUGGUAUGAUAAAAGUAUUCUUUGAGAUCAACGACGAAAAACACCGCACAGUGCAAAUCGACUCCCGAGACAAGUUGGGCCGUACACCACUGCACUUAGCUCUAGAGUACAGUAAACAGGAGAUAUGUGAAUUGCUGCUGAAGAGAGGAGCCGAUCUAAAUUUGCCCGAUCAGGAUGGAUCGACUCCUCUGCAUUUUUUUUGCAAGAGUUCUAGCUAUAAUAACUUGGUAGAGACAAUACUUAUGAACAACGACGUUAAACAUCAGCCAAUAUACGUCGACACCAAGGACAAGAGAGGCGAUACGCCGCUGCACUUGGCUUUGAAGCACGAACGCAAGGAGAUGGCUGAAUUAUUGCUAAAAAUAGGUGCCAGUCCGAAUUCGGUCGAUGCGGAUGGAUCAACUUCUCUUCACUUGGUUUGUAGGAGAAACAACGAUGAUGACUUGGUGGACAUAUUUUUCAAGGCCAUCCACGUAAAACAUCGUCCGAUGCAUGUCGAUGCUCGGGACAAGUUGGGCCGGACACCACUGCAUUUAGCUGUGUCAAAUCUUUUGCCACGUGUGGUCGACGUACUCUUGCAACAUGGUGCUGAUUUGUCAAACUUCAGUUUCCCCAAUGAGAGUUACUUCGGCGAGAAAUUUGAUCCGCAAAAUGAUUCUCUUGAUUUUAAAUUGGAACUAGCAUCUGGAGUUCUGGCAAUAGCUGAACGUUUUGAGAUAAGAGGGUAUGAACUGAAUCGAACCGAAAUCCUGACAAUCAUGAAGUUUUUCACCAAGCAUAAAUUGAUUAGUAACUCGGGGCAUGGUGAAUUUUGGCAUAGCAACGAAGGCGUCUUGAGCAAGGCCAAAAAGAUAUUAAUGAACCCAAGUCUGGCGCUUCAUGAACUGAUCCGGUCAAAAAACAAGUUGUAG